AUGACUGACGAAAAACUAGGCAAGCCUUCGCUGUUAAGAUAUCUGCGACCCGAUAAGUUUGACAUCGAGCCUGAUGUCGCGGACUCCGAUACAAAAUGGCUACAUUGGAAAUCGACAUUCGAAAGCUUCUUAGCAGAAGAGAUUACCGAAGAUGUACCGGACUCCCUUAAGCGUAAGAUCCUAGUUAACCACUUAUCGGCAUCGAUUUAUAAGCAUAUCAAAACAUGCUCCACUUAUAAAGAUUCGAUGAAAGUUCUAGAAGACAUCUAUGUCAAACCGAAAAAUACUAUUCUAGCUCGACACAUUCUCUUCAAUCGCAAGCAACGAGCCGACGAAACGAUCUCUGACUAUGUUAGAGCUCUCCGACUUUCUGCGAAAGAUUGUAAAUUCGAAGACGUCACAGCCCAAGAGCAUGAAGACCAAGCAGUUCGUAGUGCUCUCAUAUCCGGCUUACUAUCACGAAGAAUUCGCGAGCGGUUACUAGAAAACUCUAAACUCACUCUCUCAGAAGCACUUAAUCAAGCCGUAGCUCUGGAAACGGCAGAGAAGGAUGCAGUUACUAUUGGUAUUAGCUCUUCGCAACUCACCGCCAUAUCGCAAGGUAUUUCACGGGUAAAGGAAUCCGAAAAUCUAGUGGCGGCUCUAUCGUCACGAACUUUUCAAGCCGCCCCGAACACGCCACCUCCGGCUAAACCCUGCUUCUUUUGCGGCGGGAGUCUUCAUCCAAGGUUCAGAUGUCCAGCCAACAAAGCCACUUGCAAAAAGUGCUCAAAGAAAGGACACUUCGCAAGCGUCUGUAGAUCGGGCAAUUUUAACUUGAACUCCACGACAGUUGAAGAUCCUACAACCCCUAACAACGACCAAUUCUACAGUGGAGCUAUUUCUGCUGCCUCUCCUUCGAGCCUUAGGAGUGCAACAAUUCCAAUCAUGGUCAACGAAUACAAGGCUGAUGCUCUCGUCGAUACAGGAAGUUCGGUCAGCUUUAUUAAUGUUGUCGACAACCUCUGUGCCGACGUCAUCAUCGGCCAUGACUUGCUCAAACAUCACUCGAGCAUUCAUUUCAAUCUUGGUGGGCCUGGCGAACCUUUAGAGAUAUGCAACGUGUUACAAGCUUCGGUGCCACCAGCCUCCGUAUUUACAAAUCUGUCGCCAAACAUUCGACCGAUCGUCGUGAGAAGCCGGCGCUACAGCAAGGAAGAUGAGGACUUCAUAAAAGAAGAAGUGUCUAAAUUACUUGAAGACGGGGUCGUUGAAACAAGCAUUUCCCCCUGGAGAGCUCAAGUCCUCGUAGCGGGAGGAGGAGUUCAUCGAAAACGACUUGUCAUUGAUUACUCCAUGACAAUAAACAAAUUCACCGAACUGGAUGCCUUCCCCUUGCCAAGCAUAGAAUCAGUCGUGAACAACGUAUCAAGAUUUAAAGUGUUCAGUCAAAUCGACUUAAAGAGCGCAUAUCAUCAAGUACCCAUCUUAGAAAAUGAAAAGAUAUAUACAGCUUUCGAAGCUUGCGGCAAAUUGUACCAGUUUACACGCAUUCCAUUUGGCGUGACUAAUGGCGUUGCAGCUUUUCAACGAACUCUGGACUUCAUCAUAACUGAAGAGAAAUUAGAAGGAACGUUUGCCUACUUAGAUGAUGUAACCGUCUGCGGCAAAGAUCAAAGGGAUCAUGACCACAAUCUAAAACGCUUUUUGGACGCCGCUAAUAAAUUUCAUUUAACUCUAAACGAACAGAAGAGUGUUUUCAAUAAGACUAAAAUCAACUUGCUUGGAUAUACUGUUGAAAAUAACACAAUCAGUCCUGACCCGGAAAGACUAAAACCUCUUCUAGAGCUUCCCGCUCCAACUAAAACUAGUGAACUAAAACGAGUCCUAGGGAUGCUUGCUCAUUACGCUAAAUGGAUCGCGCGUUUCUCCGAAAAAAUAAAGCCACUUACAUGCGUGACUACUUUCCCGUUGCCACCUGAUGCGCUCAAGUGCUUUGAAGAACUCAAGCAAGAUAUUAAGGCAGCCGCUCUAGUAGCCAUUAACGACAAUGAAAUGUUUACAGUCGAAACAGACGCUUCGGAAUUCGCGCUAGGGGCUACACUGACGCAACAUGGAAGACCAGUUGCUUUUUUCUCUCGGACAUUGAAUAACUCGGAAUGCAAACAAUCCUCAAUCGAAAAAGAGGCUUGUGCGAUAGUAGAGAGCCUAAAGAAAUGGAGACACUACCUGAUUGGUAGACAUUUUCUUCUUAUAACAGACCAACAAUCGGUAGCCUUCAUGUUCAAUCAAAAUCAUAACAGUAAAAUAAAAAAUGAGAAGAUUCAACGUUGGCGAUUAGAACUGUCUUGCUUCAAAUACGAUAUAGUUUACAGACCAGGCACUGAAAACGCUGCUGCGGACGCUCUAUCUCGCGUAUGCGCCUACAUGAAUAUAAACAAGUUGAAAGAACUACAUAACGCACUCUGCCACCCGGGAGUAACUAGAAUGUAUCACUGGGUAAGAUCUAAAAACUUGCCCUACUCAGCUAAUGAUGUCAAGGAGAUGACCGCUUCGUGUCCUACCUGCGCCGAAAUAAAACCGAGGUUUUUUAAGGUCAAGGGUCAAUUGAUAAAAGCUACGUCGCCGUUUGAACGGAUCAACAUAGAUUUUAAAGGACCACUGCCUUCUGAAACAGCCAACAAGUACAUACUUACGAUUAUUGAUGAGUACAGUCGGUUUCCUUUUGCUUACGCAUGUAAGGAUAUGACCUCAGCCACCGUCAUUACUUGCCUGAAAGAUCUUUUUCUGACAUUUGGCCAACCUCUCUACAUUCAUAGUGAUAGAGGGUCGUCAUUCAUGUCCGAAGAGUUCAAAUCAUUUCUACGGCAGUCAAACAUAGCCUCGUCCAGAACGACGCCCUAUAACCCCCAGGGUAAUGGCCAAGUGGAACGACUUAACGGAACGCUCUGGCGAACUAUUCAACUCAGCCUUCGGUCAAAGGGAUUAUCGGUUGAAAAUUGGGAAGUAGUACUGAAGGACGCAUUGCAUUGUGUCCGCUCUCUCCUAUGUACGGCAACGAACGCUACUCCGCACGAAAAACUUUUCACAUACCCUAGAAGAUCCCCGAACGGAGAUUCACUGCCAUCUUGGCUCACGCCGGGACCGAUCCUCGUUAAGAAGAACAUCCGCUCUUCAAAAACGGACCCUCUUGUCGAGGAAGCCGAGCUUCUAGAGACCAAUCCCUACUACUCUCUCAUAAGACGGGAUAAUGGAGAAACCUCAACGGUAUCAAACCGUCAAUUGGCUCCUUUCCCCAGUUCUACUGAUGAUAGUAGAGAUGAUAACUUUGAAACGGCCUCCGAAGACGAUAGCCUCACGUUUCCAUCUGAAAAUAACUCCACACCUCCACCUGAAAAUAUCGCUCCUUCGUCGUCGCCUCGUGUAGAAGAGCCGUCAACGUCCUCGCCAGUUCUUCGGACUGGACUUCCCAGGAAAUCUAAUAGGGCGCGAAAAUUACCCACCUACCUGGCGGACUUUGUGGUUGAUGGGAGUGAGAGUGAAAACUGA